CCUGGGCCGCCGACAACCGACCAUGGAAUGACCGACUGGGAGCGGACCGGCGCCGAGUGACCGGGCCGGAGUGCCCGCGACGGGCUGCUUCGGCCGAGUGCCGACGGAGAGUGACCCUGCGACCAGAGGCGCCCGGAGCAGGCCCCUGUGAUAUUAUGCUGAAACCCGUGCAUUCCGAAUUGCUCAGCGUCGUGCGACCGUAGCGUGCGUAGCAGUUGAGUCGCUGCCAAGAUGACGUAUGCUGGUGACAUGUUUGUGGUGUGCUGCCUUUUGGCGUUGUUGUGCACGCCGGGAUUCAGCGAAGAAAGGAGGAAAAUGUCUGUGGACUUAUUUGACGUGAAAUCUCCACUGAAGCCCAAAAUCUGUAUCGGUACGAGCGGGCGCAUGUCCGUGCCGGGUAACCGCACUACCCACUACGAGAACCUGCGCGACCGCUACACCAACUGCACGUAUGUGGACGGCAACCUGGAGCUGACCUGGCUGCAGGACAACGGACUGGACCUCAGCUUCCUGCAGUACAUUCGAGAGGUGACCGGGUACGUGCUGAUCGCGUACGUGGACGUGCAGCGGCUGGUGCUGCCCUCGCUGCAGAUCAUCCGCGGCCGCACGCUCUUCAGGCUGAACGUCCGCGAUGAGCAGUUCUCCCUGAUGAUCACCAUGUCGAAGAUGAUGAACAUAGAGAUGCCGGCGCUCCGAGACAUCCUGGCAGGGAGCGCUGGAAUGUUCAACAACUACAACCUGUGCCACAUCAAGUCGAUCAACUGGGACGAGAUCCUGACCGGGCCGGGCACCGACUUCGUGUACGUGUACAACUUCACCGUGCCGGAGCGCAACUGCUCAAAGUGCCACGAGUCGUGCCCGCCUGAGGGCGGCUGCUGGGGGCCCGGCGCCGAUAACUGUCAGCGGCUCAGCAAGAUCAACUGCUCGCCUCAGUGCCACGGCGGCCGCUGCUUCGGUCCGGAGCCGCGCCAGUGCUGCCACCUGUUCUGCGCCGGCGGCUGCGACGGCCCCACACAGUCCGACUGCCUCGCCUGUCGCAACUUCUACGAUAACGGCGUCUGCAAGCAGGAGUGUCCGUCCAUGAACCGGUACAACUCCAUCACGUACUCGUGGGAGACGAACCCGAACGGCAAGUAUGCCUACGGUGCCACGUGCGUGCGCGAGUGUCCCGAACACCUGCUCAAGGACAGCAGCGCGUGCGUGCGUGCUUGUCCGCCUAACAAGAAGGCUGUCUCGGGCGAGUGUAUGCCCUGUAACGGACCCUGUCCCAAGACAUGCGAGGUGGGGAAGAACGAGAUCAUCCACGCCGGCAACAUCGACCGCUUCAAGAACUGCACCAUCCUGCAAGGCUCGCUGAAGGUGCUGCAGCACUCGUUCGACGGCUACCAGGAGAUCUACGAGAAUUACUCGUUCGGGCCGCACUACAGUAAGCUGCACCCUCGCCGCCUGCAGGUGUUCAGCACGGUGCGCGAGAUCACGGGCUUUAUCUACAUCGACGGCUCCCACGUCGACUUCCGCGACCUGGGCUUCCUGCGCCGGCUCGAGGUGAUCGGCGGCCGCUUCCUGCACGAGUAUUUUGCGCUGUACGUGGUCAAAACGUCGCUCGAGUCGCUGAAGCUGGCCGCCCUGAAGAAGAUCCGCUCCGGUGGUGUGUUCAUAGCGGAGAACGAACGGCUCUGCUUCGCAGACGGCAUUAACUGGCAGUCAUUUAUCUCCAGUGGCCAGAAGUCUCACCAGAAGACCUCCUACGGCGUGGUGCUCGAAACAAACAGGAACGCCUCUGACUGCGCUCGGGACGGCAUGGUGUGCGACGACCAGUGCACCUCCGACGGAUGCUGGGGUCCCGGACCUGGCAGCUGCCUCCAGUGUCGAGCGUUUAAGGUCGGCGCCCGCUGCGUGCAGGCAUGCGACAAGUCUUUAGGGAUGUACCAGUCGUCCAACAGCACGUGCGACCUGUGCCACAAGGAGUGCGACGGUCCGUGCCAGGGCGCCGGCCCGGACAACUGCCAGCGCUGCAGCAACGUCAAGGACGGACCGUUCUGCGUGGCGCAGUGCCCCGACACCAAGUACAACGCGUCCGGCGACUGCAGCCCCUGCCACGCGAACUGCGAGGGAGGCUGCACGGGCCCGCUGAACACGGUCGGAGAGGGCGGCUGUCGAAGCUGCCAGGUGGCUAUCCUGACCCCGCGCGGCCACGUGGAACGAUGUUUGAAUGCCAAUGAAUCCUGUCCGGUCGGUCACUACUUCGAGUUUGUCGGGCCUCAGAAGCAGGGGCCGCUCAAGGCCCUAGCUGGAAAAGGAAUAUGUCGCAAGUGUCACGAGCGGUGCAAAAACUGUACAGGCUUCGGCUUCCACGUGAAUGUGUGCCAAGAGUGCCUGCACUACCGCAACGGCGAGCAGUGCGAGGACGCUUGCCCCGACGACUUCUACGCCAACGAGCAGACCAGCGAGUGCGUGCGGUGCGCGUCCGAGUGUCGUGGUUGCACAGGCCCCGGCCAGCGCUGCAAGACCUGCAGGAACUACCGGAUCUACCUGGACUCGUCGGCCACCGAGAAUGGAUCGGCCUUCAACUGUACGGCACACUGUCCGGACUCGCACCCGCACAAGAUCUUUCUCGAGAACGGGGACGAUCCGUACUGCUCGGACGAGCCGAGCGCGCUGGCCGCCUACAGCGCCGAGGAGAGCAUCACCAUCGUCAUCGUCUCCGUCUUCGUCACCGUUUUCGUGCUACUGGUUGUGAUCGUGUGCAUCGUCUGCAAGUGCCGUAGCGACCGCAAGAAGGAGGAGUUGCUCAAGAUGGCGAUGCUGAUGAACAAGGAGGGCCUCAACGAGCCGCUCAAGGUAACCAACGUCAAGCCGAACCUGGCGCAGCUGCGCAUCGUCAAGGAGGCGGAGCUGCGCAAGGGCGGCAUCCUCGGCUUCGGCGCGUUCGGCACAGUCUACCGCGGCGUCUGGGUCCCGGAGGACGGCAACGUCAAGAUCCCGGUGGCGAUCAAGGUCCUGCGCGAGGACACGGGCGCCGACACUAAUAAGGAGAUUCUGGAGGAGGCGUACAUCAUGGCGUCGCUGGACCACCCGAACCUGCUGCCGCUGCUGGCUGUCUGCAUGACGUCGCAGAUGAUGCUGGUGACGCAGCUGAUGCCACUCGGCUGUCUCGUGGACUACGUGCGCAACAACCGCGAUAAAAUCGGCAGCAAGCCGCUGCUGAACUGGUGCACGCAGAUCGCGCGCGGCAUGGCUUACUUGGAGGAGCGGCGGCUGGUGCACCGCGAUCUGGCCGCGCGCAACGUGCUGGUGCAGACCCCCUGCCUGGUCAAGAUCACCGACUUCGGGCUGGCCAAGCUGCUCGACAUCAACGAGGAGGAGUAUAAGGCGGCCGGCGGCAAGAUGCCCAUCAAGUGGCUGGCGCUCGAGUGCAUCCAGCAUCGCAUCUUCAACCACAAGAGCGACGUAUGGGCGUUCGGCGUGACCGUGUGGGAGCUGCUGACGUACGGCGGCCGGCCCUACGAGGACGUGCCGGCUAAGGACGUGCCCGACCUGCUGGAGAAGGGCGAGCGCCUGCCGCAGCCGCCCUCCUGCUCCAUCGAGGUCUACAUGAUCAUGAUCAAGUGCUGGAUGUUGGACGCUGACUCGCGUCCCAACUUCAAGGAGCUUGCCGACGAGUUCGCCAAGAUGUCACGUGACCCGGGGCGGUACCUGGUCAUCCACGGCGACAGGCUGAUGCGGCUCCCGUCCUACUCAAAGCAGGACGAGCGUGAUCUGAUCCGGCGGUUGGCCGCCUCGGCGCUGGACAGCCCAACUGACGAGCUGAUCAACGCCAGCGAGUACCUGAACCCGCCGGGCUCGGUGGGCGGCUUCCCGUCGGCGCCGUACCCGGCCUCCUCGCAGGCGACGCUCGACGACGGCUCCGACUACUUCGGGCUGCGCGGCCGCGCCGGCGGGCCCCGCGAGCGCCGACACACGCACGAGGAGGCCGGCAAGCGGCGCGCCGGCUCGGCCGGCUCCUCGGGCCGGCACCACGGCGACACGCUGCUACGUUCGCUCGACGAGAUGGGCGACGACGACUGCUUCGAGCCGGCCUCGGGCGGCUGGCAGUCGCCCCCCGGCGGUGCGCCACCGGCCCACCCGGCCAGCGUUGGCGGCAUGAUGCUGCACCUCCCGCUGGACGAGGAUGACUACCUCAUGCCCUCCAACGGGCAGCCGGGCGGCGCCGGCGCCGCGGCCUACAUGGACCUGGUCGGCGACAGCCAGCCCGACAGCGGCCCCAGCUCGCAGCAGCCCGAAGGCCAGCCGGACGCGCAGUUCAUGCUCAGCAUGGACAACCCGGAGUACCACAUGAUGGCGCAGCAAGCCGCCCUGCACGGCUGUCUGGCCGGCGGCGGCGGCGGCGGCGGCGGCGACCCAGCCAGCCUUUCGUCCCGCCAGAGUGGCCGAAGUGUGGGAGGUCGGCACGGAAGCGGCGGCGGCGGCGGUCCCCCGCACGACUACUACAACGACUUGGACCGGAUAAAGCCGGCCCCGUCACGCCGCAACGAGACGACAGUGUGA